AUCGCCUGCGCAGGUCCUGAGCGCAGCAGCCACUUCGACGGACUCGACCUGCGCGCCGGCGUCGACGACCCUUGUCUCUGCACCCGCUGGCUAUUGCGUCGAUACCCUAGGGCUCGCUCAGCAUGAAGAAUACGGCCACUGUAUCCACCACGAUGUUCCCUAAGUUAGGACACGGCUCUGGUUCAGCUCUCCCGCUCCCUAUCUUGCUUGUCGCAGGGGUCUGCACUGGUAUCGCGACCUUCGUAUCCGUCAUUUCCAUUGUACUGCACCUCAAGAACUACAGGAAACCGCAUCUCCAACGCCAAGUCGUACGGAUCAUGCUCAUGGUUCCCCUGUACGCCAUCGCUUCCUUCAUAUCAUUAUUCUCGCUCCAAGCUGCGUUCUUUAUCGAUGCUGUACGAGACAUAUACGAGGCGUUCGUCAUCUACUGUUUCUUCGACCUCCUGAUUGCCUAUCUCGGAGGCGAGCGGUCCCUGCUCAUCCUAUUGCACGGUCGGCCGCCGAAGUACCCCGUGUUCCCCGGCAAUUUGGUUUGGAGGGAGGUCGACGUUAGCGACCCUCAUACGUUCUUAUUCCUCAAACGAGGAGUCAUCCAAUAUGUACAGCUCAAACCGCUACUCGCCAUUGCCACCAUCGUCCUCAAGGCAUUAGGCAAAUAUAAUGAAGGCGAUCUCGCCGCCGGCUCAGGGUACCUCUACAUCAGUAUCGUAUACAACUUCAGCAUAUGUUUGGCGCUCUACUGUCUCGCAAUAUUCUGGAUGUGCGUCAACGACGACCUCAAGCCAUUCCGCCCCAUGCCGAAGUUUCUCUGCGUCAAGGGCAUCCUUUUCUUCUCCUUCUGGCAGUCCAUCUUCAUCUCCAUCCUCGUCGCCGGUGGGGCGAUCAAGAAGCUCGGCCCAUACACCGACUCGGAGCACAUUUCCCUCGGCCUCACCGAUACCCUCAUUUGCUUCGAGAUGCCGCUCUUUGCGAUCGCACACAUGUACGCCUUUGCCACGCGCGACUACGUCGACCCGCACGCGUCGUACGUCGCACGCCUCCCCGUCUUCUACGCGUUCAAGGACGCGUUCGGGCUUAAGGACGUCGUCGAGGACGUCAAGACGACGCUCCGCGGCGAGGGCAUGGACUACCGGGAGUUCGAGCCGAGCGAAGGCCACAUCCACCAGGGCGCAGGGCGCGACCGGCGCAUCCGCGCGGGGCUCCGGUAUAGCCAGGGCGGCAAGCGCAAGUACUGGCUGCCCCAGCCGGCGACGUCCGCGGUGCGCCCGGGGCCGCGGAUCCCCGCGAACAAUGGGGACAGCUUCGAUGAGGUGCACGCGCCGCUGCUUCCUGACCAGGAGGCAGAGGUUGUACAUACUGCGGCAGGUCUGCGCUCGCCGGACGAAGGUUUCUCGUUGUUCGCGAGCAGCGGUCUUGCGGACGAGGGGUAUGGGCUGCCGUUUGAUGAUGUGGACGAGGCGGACGAGGAGCUGUUCGAGCAUAGCAAGAAGUACUUGUUUGGCGACUACAACUACCCUUGCGUCGACGUCAGCUCGGAGAGGGCACGGAAGACGAUGUGGAUCGAGGAGGAGAGGAUCCUGCGAGACGAGCAUUCGGCGUGGUACUCGCCCUUGAGCGGGCCUCGAAGACAUCCCGGAGGGUAUGGUGCCACUGGGAACACCGAACAGCUACACCCGGAUAACGGGAAGGGAAAGAUUCGCGGAUCUGGUCCUGAGAUCAUCAUCGACAAGGAGACCGAGCGACUGUCUCCUCCACCAGGCCAUGGCGAGGUGCAGCUCCGGUGGACAAGCGCGAAGGCAACGCCCGUACACUCUCCCCCAGCACUUCAGUCACCUGUACAGAGGGCACCAGGAGCGCUGUCGCGGACGAGCUCCGCUUCGCCACACACUCCUGUAUCCUCAUCUUCCAAGGGCAGCCCGAGGAACCUCCCUCCUCCCUCACCUCGCUCUGACUCCGAACGGCCAGUUUUGCCACCUGACGCGGUCGACCUCGUCGUCGAGGACCCGCACGCGGCCGAGGAAGAGAUGACGCACGAGAGGCGAAAGGGCGAGCCUGCGGUACGAGGUGGUGGGGCGCUCCAUCGAGUGUACCGCCGCGGGUACGUCGUCGAGGAGGACGGUCGGCGGGAGGAGGGCGAGGUCCAGGUGGACCCUGCCUCGGCUCCGUUCCCAUGGCGGGGCCACGGCGUCUUCGACGUCGGGGAAGAGGAGGAGGACCCGGAGGAGGUGCUGGAGGCGGAGCAACGCGUGGCAGAGGCGACGGCGAGGACGGUCGUGAGGGCGGAGACGCCGCCGUCGCAUGUGCAUGUUGUUGUUGAUGUCCCGGAGGAUAACCCCCCGGCGGCUGUGGAUUGCUUCAGGGAAGACGUCAAGGUGAACUCCUCUCGUUUGCAGUACAAUAGCACAGCACCAUCUCCAUACCCAGAUGGGACUAUAAUACGCGAGUGCCACAACGAGACAUUCCGCGAUCAUGGUCCCAUCCCAUAUGCAGUGACGGCUUGGUUAGCCCAUUCCUCUGUAAAUUCGAUUAUCGACCAAAUGCAGACUAUACACUUGGCCGGUGUUACACAUCGCGACGUGCAUCCAGGCAGCAUCGGUUUGACAAACAUGUCCGAUGGCAUUGGUGACCUGGUUGUUGACGACGAGCAUUUGGGAGGCAUUUUUAAGCCUGUCUUCAUCGACUACGAGUGGGCCUGCAUCGAAGGCUUCAACCCAGAUGUGCGGAAUCUGGAGAUAGCCCGUAUGUGGUGGUAUGCCUCCGAUCAUGUCGUCCUCAAUGAGGUUAAGUAUUUCCCUGCAGAUGAUUCAAAGGCCCUCGCAUACAGUCUCCUUGCCUCCAGGCUCAUGGCGCCACCUCCCUGA